AUGGAAUUAAAGUAUAUGGCACUUGUGCACACAACUAGAGAAGUAAUAUGGUUGCGAGCGCUUCUAAUUGAAUUAGGGUUGCCACCUGAUGGUGCAACUACUAUUUUGCGCAUGGCUUCAAAUGAAGUCAAAGUUCAGCACUGUGCCUCAGAGGAGAACUUAGCAGAUAUAUUCACUAAAGGACUACCAUUACAUGAAUAUUUAUCUGCAGGUAUUCUAGGUACUCGGAAUUGAGGGGGAGUGUUGGGAUAGCAAUCCUGAGUUAGUGCUAGAAUGCACUCGAAGCUUCGGCAUGACUAAGUGGC